UUUUUCAUUUUCGUUUUCAUUUCAUGUAUUUCUAUGUGCGUUUGGUACUCAGAAGGACGCGACAGAUGCAGGACAACACAGAGAAAGAAUAAAACAAGUACACCAGAGCUGUUCGGUCCAUUUCUCCGCCGCCGGUCGCUGCCCGUCCAGGUUACACACCCUGAAAGAGAAGCAAGAACGAGCUUGGAAAUGGAGAUGCUGAACCACAAACUGAACUUGUACAUAGACUCGUGGAUGGGUCCCAGAGAUCCCCGGGUUCAAGGAUGGCUGCUGCUGGACAAUUACCUCCCGACCUUGUUGCUGACGCUCCUCUAUCUCCUCAUCGUGUGGAUGGGGCCCAAGUACAUGCGGAGCAGGCAGGCGUUCUCCUGCCGGGGGCUGCUGGUCAUCUACAACCUCAGCCUGACCCUCCUGUCCCUCUACAUGUUCUACGAGCUCGUUACAGGUGUGGUACAGGGGAAGUACAACUUCUUCUGCCAGGACACACGGAGCGGAGGGGCCGCUGAUGACAGGAUCAUAAAUGUCCUUUGGUGGUACUACUUCUCCAAGCUCAUCGAGUUCAUGGACACCUUUUUCUUCAUCCUGCGGAAGAACAACCACCAAAUCACGGUCCUGCACAUCUACCACCACGCCACCAUGCUCAACAUCUGGUGGUUUGUCAUGAACUGGGUGCCAUGCGGACACUCAUAUUUUGGCGCCUGCCUCAACAGCUUCAUCCACGUCCUCAUGUACUCCUACUAUGGGCUCUCGGCCGUCCCGGCCAUGAGGCCUUACCUCUGGUGGAAGAAGUACAUCACGCAAGGACAGCUGCUCCAGUUUGUCCUGACUGUGAUUCAGACGACGUGCGCUGUAGUGUGGCCCUGCGGCUUCCCAAUGGGGUGGCUCUACUUCCAGAUAUGUUACAUGAUCACUCUCAUUAUCCUUUUCCUUAACUUCUACGUACAGACUUACAAAAAGCGUGGUGUUUCGCAAAGAAAAGAGCAUCAGAACGGCGCUGCGGCCUCCAUGAACGGUCACUCCAACGGGGUGUCGUCCAAAGAAAACAUCAAACACCGGAAACUGAGGGCAGACUGAGGCCUCGCCGCUCUACUCUGGUUAACCACCUGACACCUUACAUAUCGCCAUAUUUUACUAGGACGUUAAUUUUGAGUGUCCUGUACAGAAAUGACUUAGAAAAGAGCGCUAUAUCCACUCUAGACAAAGAGCCACGGUAGCAUCUUAGAGAUUCCAGUAGACGUUUUGCACAUAACAACUUGUUUAUUAUUCAUAUUGAAUCUAAGCUCAUUAUGUUAAACUGCUGAAAAAAAUGUUAACAGAACAAAAAUACACAAGUCCAUACUCUUUCAAUUAGGUAAAUUUAUGGUAGACCAGAGUAUAUUCCGCUAACCUUGUUUCGGUGUGGUGUUGCUUGCAUUUAGAAGGUCAAACAGACCGGCUCCUGAACUACCCUAGUGAUGUAUACAUAUGCAAAUGAAAAACAAGAAUAGUUACCUACAGUGAAACGAACUGAAAAAUACACCAGCGUACCUUCAGAGGAAUUCAGAGUGUUUCAAAGAAUGACGGUUUCAAACUGUUGAAUCUGACUGAAUAGCCGUAUGACUGAAUGUUCUGGCGUUCUUGAAACCAUACAUUAAUGUUCCUUACGUUUUGUGUUCGCACUACAUAUAACUGAUUCCAUCAGUUCAAAAGCAGCACACUUCGCAUGUCAAAAUACCGUGUUUUACUGUUUAUCUGUUUUGAGGUGAAAUCAUUCCAUAUCAGGAUCCUGUUGAAUAAGCACCUGAACUUUAUCAAGCCAGCAUUACCCAGCGCAUAGCAUAAUUGACCUCUUUUAUUAGUAGUAAGGCUUUUAAGGAUAGUUAACUUUUUGUUAAUGAUUAAUGUAUUACAUUUCCAAACUUUAAUGAGUAUUUACUCUUAAUGUUUACAUGAGAUGGGAUGUAAAGUGUUUGAAGAACAUUUGGGAUCAUCAUCCUCGCUAUGUGUUGUUAGUAGUAUGACAGCCUUCAUUAUUGUGUCAGUAAUUAUGUUACAAGUCAGUUAGGUAUUUGUAUGAUUUUGAUGAUGGCGCUUACUUUAAUUUGCCAAAAUACUGACUUAAACCAUUGAGAGCAAAUUAAUGUUAUACAUACAGGUUUUGACUGAAUUUUUCCCACUCAGGAGAGCUCUUGCUUGAGGCCUCUUUACAGCAACAGCCAUAUGCGGUCUCAUAUUUCACAGAAUUUAGAGCUUAAAAUGAGACUGGAAAUAAGUUUGUUUUGUCGGACCAUGGUUUUUGAAAUUUAGAUUUAUACUAAAAUGUCUCAGAGUGGUGAGCCACUCAGAGCCAGUAAUAUCUGGGAAAUAACUAUGUAAGGAAGAGUUGUCUUUUGCAUUGUCAAGGUUCAUGCACCAAAUAUAGAUUUUCAUUACCUCACACUGAAAUUUUUUCCAACACAAACUGAGCUAUUUAAAUAUUCCAGCCGCAAAAAUGAAAUUCAAUCAAAACAUAUUUUUUGUAGGCACUAUUUGCAGUUUACUGUGGAUUUUUGGCUAUACUAAUGUAUUUGACUUUCUUCACAUGAAAUAACAUUGAGAUUUUUGUAGGUAUAUACUGAAUUGAUGGCCAGAUGAUAUAAAAUUUAUGCCAAUAGUGCUUAAACUACUUGUAAACAGAAAUGCUUGUGUGCUUAAAAUGUUCCUAUUUAUCAGCAUCAACAUAAAUGGUAAAAGUUCUGGAGAAGAUGUACAA